CGUCGGGCCCCCGCCCGCCGGGCAGGGCUGGAGAGCGGCCAGCUCCGCAGUGGGCCCCCUGCUUCCAGCCCCGUGCUUUUAAAAGCAGAUGCAAAGGAUCUGUUGCAUAACCUGAAUGGUAACGGACCCGGCAAAAACCAUCCUGCGUCUCCUUCCCGCUUGGUUUAUGCAGGUGAAGGCUCUGGGGGAAAGCUCUGUAACAGAGGAGCCCCAGAGGACCGCUAGCCAUGGCCGUACCUAUUGCGGUUCUUGACUGCGACCUCUUGCUCUAUGGCCGCGGGCACAGGACUUUGGAUCGCUUCAAGCUGGAGGAUGUCACGGAUGAGUAUCUAGUAUCCACGUACGGCUUUCCCCGACAGUUCAUUUACUACCUGGUCAAUCUCCUGGGAGCCAGUCUCUCUCGCCCUACGCAGCGGUCCAGGGCCAUCAGUCCAGAGACGCAGAUACUUGCUGCGCUGGGUUUCUAUACCUCCGGCUCCUUCCAGACUCGCAUGGGGGACGCUAUUGGCAUCAGUCAAGCCUCCAUGAGCCGCUGCGUUGCCAAUGUGACUGAGGCAUUGGUGGAGAGAGCCUCACAGUUUAUUCACUUUCCUGAGGAUGAAGCUACUGUUCAGAGCCUGAAGGAUGACUUUUAUGGGCUGGCAGGCAUGCCGGGAGUGCUGGGGGUGGUUGACUGCACUCACGUGGCAAUCAAAGCGCCGAAGGCCGAGGACCUAUCCUAUGUGAACCGAAAGGGACUCCAUUCUCUGAACUGCCUGAUGGUGUGUGAUGCCAGAGGAGUCCUCCUGAGUGCAGAAACACACUGGCCGGGCAGCCUGCCUGACUGCACAGUGUUACAGCAGGCAGCCCUUACAAGCCAAUUUGAAACUGAGCUACAUAAAGAUGGCUGGCUACUUGGUGACAGCUCCUUCUUUCUCCGAACAUGGUUGAUGACCCCUCUGCAUAUCCCCGAGACACCUGCAGAAUAUCGUUACAACAUGGCACAUUCUGCCACGCACAAUGUCAUUGAGCGGACGUUCAGAACCAUUCGGUCACGUUUCCGCUGCCUGGAUGGGUCCAAAGGCACCCUGCAGUAUUCUCCAGAGAAAUCCAGCCACAUCAUUCUGGCCUGCUGCGUGCUCCACAACAUCUCCCUCAAACACGGGUUGGAUGUGUGGUCUUCCCCAGCCACAGGGCACAUGGAACAACCGGAAGAAGAGUACGAGCAAAUGGAAUCAAUGGACUUGGAAGCCUGUCGUAUUCGUCAGGAGCUUCUACUUACUCAUUUUAGCUAACGUUGUGACAGAAGGAAUGCUUCUAGCGCUUCAUCUGGGGAGAUACACAGUGGAAAUACACCCCUUCCUCUUUAAGUUUGAAAGGACUGAGUAGACGUGAGACCAGGAGAAACUUUGACUCUCUUAAUUUCAGGGGGUAUUCUGAACUUCUCUUGAUCGCUCCAGAGAUGCAGUUUAAUUGCUAGAUUUUUACUGUCGUAAUGCUGAUAGACUCCCCUUUCAUCUGAUUUAGAGAACUAACGUGAGAUCAGCGGAAAAACUUGGGAAAUUGUCUUUGAUAAUUAGAAAAAAUCUGUAAGCCUCGCACGGUUUUACAAAGCAACAAUUCUGUGCCACUUUGUAACCCAAACCAUUUAGGAUUGAUUUUUAAACAGUAUUUCACAGAAAUUAAACCUCCAUGUGGACUCCUGUCUACCCUGAAUUUGUGAGCAGCAAAGCCAACAUUUAUCUUUUCAU